AUGGCGGCGGACGCAGGCGGCGGGUACAGGCCGCGGCUGAGGCUGAGACGCCGGAGGCCACCCUCGGAGGCUGGAGCCCCCGACUCCGUCCCCAGGCCCCCCAGCGGCCGCCCCUGGUUCCUGCAGGAGACCGGGAGCGGGAGCGAGAGCGAGAGCGCUGAGCCCUGGGCUGAGCUGCUGCGCACCCUGCUCCCAGGUAUGGACCUGUCUACCGCGCCCCCACCGCUGCCUGCCUUCCCGCUCCAGGAGCCCAGGCGCGACCCCGAGCACACGGCGCCCGUUGAGGUCUUCACGGUCGGAGGCAAGGACUUUCCCUGGACGCCCUUUCCGCCGGCUCCGGGGCGCGGCACCCGCUCCUCCUGCCUGCUCCGCGGGAUCAGGGGGCGCCCGGGGUCCCCCGCCCCGUCCGCAUUCCGACACCCCGAGCCUGAGCCCGGCGUAACCCCCAUCGCCAAGGAACAGCCGUCGGUGGAGGAAAAGCCACCGUCGGUGGAGGAAAAGCCACCGUCGGUGGAGGAAAAGCCACCGUCGGUGAAGGAGGUUCCGGCACUGGUGUGCUGCCCCAUGUGCCAGGCAGAGUUCAGCACCAAGCUGUCCCAGCUGGACAUCGACGCCCACCUGGCUCAGUGCUUGGCCGAGAGCACAGCGGACGUGGUGUGGUGAUGUUGACACCAGUGCUCAGCAUGGCCCUCCAGGGUUCAUCCACCCGCCCCAUCCUGGCCCCUCAUCGGCCCUGCUGAGCCGGCGCAGCCUGGAUGCUGUCUGGGGCCCUGGCCCCUGCCCCACCCUGACUGCAUCAUCUCCAUACCUGAAUGUCCACAUUAAAGA